UAUUUGGCCAAACAUUUUAAAAUCUUUACCAAAAAAAAAAAAAAAAACAAAAUCAACAAAUACUUUAAACUUCCCCUUUAACCAAAUGCAAGAAAAUGACAAUUUUUUAUGCUCGACUGAUAAUAAACGUUAUAAAAUCUGUCCUAAAAUGGAAAUACCCACAACAAAAUAUUUAGCAGAUUAUCUCUAUGUUGUACACGAGGAUGUGCCAUUUCGUUAUUAUCGCAAAACAAAAUGUUCGGUAUUUCGUGGUCUAGUAUUGUGCAUCUGCCUGAAUGUCACCUACGCCAAUGUUGUGCGUUUUCCCCGUGAAAUGGAUAAAUACGGUUUAGCGUAUUUGAUUCCAUACUUAAUACUAUUAUUUCUAGUCGGUUUACCCAUUGUACUGUUGGAGAUAUCAGUGGGACAAUUUUUGGGACAGGGCGCAGCACAUACAUGGAGAUCAUCGCCGAUAUUUAAAGGAGCCUGUAUUGUCAGUCGUUUUGCUUCAUGGGUUUCUACCGUAUGGGUGUCGCUGCAGGCAGUUAUGGCCUUGGCUUAUAUAGGCAUGUUUGCCUUUAACAGUUUCCCUUUUAGAGAGUGUCUGGGUAAUUUAAGAUUGGCGGCGGAUGGUUAUGCCUUAAGCAAUAUCAGUAGCCAAGAAUGUAUGGAGAAGACUUUCUUAACUCCCUUCUGGGAGAAUCCUUUCUUUUUUGGUUUAUUAUCAAUUGGCUUGAUUGGUCUGUGGGCGGUGGUAAUGUUGUGUACACAUAAUGGCCGGGUUUUACGCAGAGUUCUAUUCAUUUUCGGUUUAUUGGGCUUUCUAUUACUGUGCUGUAUUACCGGCUGGGAGAUACACAACUCUCUGGAUAAAGUUACCCCCUAUUUUCCUCCCCUAUAUGGUUUUACCAAGGAAUAUUUAUAUGAAAGUAAUCUAUGGUUUAGCGCCUUAAUGCAAGUUAUAUUUGCCUUAAAUUGUGGUUUUGGUGUAUUGCCCAUGAUUACUGGAAAAUUUCUAUAUAAAGGUGAUGCUGUACGUACGUCAGUGGUUUAUUUAUGUUUUAAUCUAUUGAUCAAUGCCAUAGCAGUGACACUGUUUAUGAUACAAUUCGAUCAUUCGGCUAAUGGUGCCUAUAUGAUAGAGGAAUUGAAACCAUUGACAACUAUAUAUGAUCGGAUAUUGUAUGACAAGCCGUUAUAUGAAUUGUGGAUUAAGUUAUUACCUUCUUUGGUUUAUGUUUUGGUGGUGAUUUCCUGCUUUAUAACCAUAGUGGUGGGCAUUUAUACUUGCACUCGACUGGUGCCCAGACAUCCCAAUUAUGUUAUCAGUUUGGUGGGCUUAGUGGCGGCCAUAAUUUCCUUAUCGGCUCCGAAGUUCUAUAUAGCUAGAUUGUUGGAUUCCCGCAUUGUGGGUACCAUGAUUAUAACAGCUUUGGUAUUUGAGUUGAUAGCUGUAACCUGGAUUUAUGGCGUGAAAAAUAUCUAUACUGAUUUGGAAUUUUCCAUAGGUCGACCUAUUUAUAAGAUAUGGUUGGGUUUGUGGUGUAUAUGUCCGGCCAUUUUGACGGGUCUUUUAGUCUGGUGGUGUUCUGAUGAUGAUGAAUUUGAUUUAUUGGCCAAUAUUAUGCCUAGAUGGGCUCCUAUAUUAUUUGUUUUAUUUGUUAUAAUGGUUAUAGCUUGUAUUCAAAUCUUCCGGCAAGUGGAGUAUAAUUUCUUUGGCAUGAUAUGUGAGGCCUCCAAAUCGGCCAAAGAAUGGGGUCCUGCUGAUCCUUUGGCCAGACAUGCCUGGAAGCAGUGGCGUUCUGUAUGUCAAGAUACUGGACAAAGAGAUUUUACCUUAAGACGUCGUGGCACCCGAGACUAUACACACUCCAUUAAAAAGGGUCAAUACUCCACCUCGAAUAAAUAUGCUAAUGGAGGAGCAGGAGUAGCGGGCAGUACAAAUAAUCAGCAUAAUAAUUGGAAAUCUUCUACACCAGGCAAUAGUUCUCCCAAUUAUAGUGGUUCGGUAUUUGGAGACUCAGCCAUAGAGGAGGAUAUUAGUGUGGAUAAGUUUCCAGGGAUAACACAACAAUUUGUGCCAUUUCAUAGCAGUGAAACUAAUAAUAAACCUGCCAGACAAUCACACCGAUCACGUAGUCAACCGCGUACCGGACAUCAACUGCCACAACCACAACAACCCCAACAAACAACAACACAAAGACUACAACAUCACAGCAGUCAAGUAGAAUUACGCCCAAAUAAUACAGAACCCAACACUACCACCACCACCUCUAAUACCAAACAUCGUGAAAUUGUCUAUAUUAGACGUUUAUCCUCCGAAGAGGGACAACAUGCUACACGCAUAGAAAUAACACCCUCCCAAGAAUCAAUAUCAUAUGCACCCACCCGCAAUCCCAUGGCCAGAUCCAGUGGAUCACAUGGUAAUGCUAAUAAUUAUGUUAAACGUACUUCCAGUUCGGCUAAAUUGGAAAGUAAUCGUAAUGUUUCGAAGCCUACACCCUCAGCAGCCGAUGUCAAUAAUGGUGAUCAUAUAUGUUGGCGUAAAUUUUCCAUGAAUCCUCAAGAAUAUUCUACAGAAUUGUGAUCUUAAAUGCGAAAAACAACAAACCACAACGAAUCUAGUGAUUUUUCUCUAAUUAAAUUGUAUAUAAGUAAAAAAAGAAGAAACUAAAUAAUUAAGGCGAAAUUUAAACGAACUAAUAGGAAUCUCAAACCUAAAAGUACAGCUGUCAAUGUUCUCAUUUAAGGCAAAAAAGUGCCUUUUUCUGCUUUUUCUAGAAGUACAUUUGGAAAUAGGAGCAGAUAAAGGGCAUCUUUUUUUGCUCUAUAGGGACAUAAAGAGACUCUGUUUAAAUGGUUUUAAAACAAAGAAAACGAAAUUGAUUUCGCCUUAAUUAUUUGCCGACAUAUCCAAAUAUAUAUAAAACAAUAUCAGCUAUAAGUACAUUCCCAAAUAUAUAAUUUACAUAAAAAGACUUUAUUUUCAUAGAAAAAAAUGAAAAUUGUAAAAUUUAUGCAAAACGAAUUAUUAUUAUUAUGUAUUAGUGUAAAUAGUUUUAAACAAAAAAAAAAAAAAAAAAACACAAGUUAAACAAUUCUCUAAGCAACGAAUAUUCUUAGAAAUAUAAAUUCCAAACAAAAGCACCUAACAAAUAAAAUGCCAUAAAUUUGUUGGUUGUUGUUUGGGGCUUAAAGAAUGUCCUGUGAAAUUCAAAUUAUAUCCUUUUUGCAAUACUUACUACAUACACACAUACAUACAUCAUUUAUUUGUACUACAUUUUAGUUACUUUUUUGUUUAAAUUAAGCAUUUAUUAUGAUUUUAAUUUAAUAUUAUUUUGUAGUUUAUUUAAAGUAAUUAUUAUGUAUUAAUUAUUUAGGCCUUAAAGUGCAUGUUAUAUUUCUGUAAUUGUAAUUGUUUAGUAAUAGUUUAUGUAAAUAGUUUUUUUUUGUCAAUUUAAAUAUUUUAUUAGAAACCAAAUUAUUUAGAUGUAAAAAGUCCUCAAAUAGCAAGAAACAAAGAGUUAUCUUUGAUGAAUAGCAGAGAAUUUAUUGUUCUCUAAAUGAUUAAGUUAUAUAAAUAAAACGAAAACAUAAUUAAAGCAAUAUUUAAAAGUUUUUUCAAAAAGGUCCUAAGACAAUAAGAUUUUUUUUUAUAAAAAUACUAAAAUAACUUCUUAAGUUUUCUUUACAGAUAACAAAUACAUAACUACUCCAGCCACUUAAAACACAAAAACAGCUUUUCAAGAAGACUGAGCACCUUAUUCUUCCCAAUUUCUGAACUUACUAAGCCAAAAAAUCUCGGCUGUUAUCGUUCUGGCAUCCUCAGCAUUUAAGUAAUAUCUAUUUAGAACAAAAAUUCUUUAAAAGUUAUUAAAAACC